AAUGACUUAGGGAGGUGGUAAAGACCCUCUAGCUCUGCUGGUACCAUUUUUUUUUUUCUUUUUUUUAAUUGCAUGAGUCUUGAUCUCCUUGCUGGUUUUGGAAGAAAAAAGGAACCACAGGUGUCUUGGAAGUGGCCUAAAUUUUAACAGCAGCAAAAGUGAAAUAAAAAUGCAUUAGAUAUCUGGUGAUGAGCUGACAAAGGUGCAAAAGGCAGGCAGGUGCUGCGUAUCUCAUCUGAAGUGUAUGCUAAGUGUUGGGCUCACAGAGUGAAGCAGCCUUAUGUAUUUUUAGAAGUGUGAGAAUUGUUGUGGGAAGCCAGAUCCUUCUAUAUUUUUCCUCUGCUUCCCUUUGGAGGCUCUCAUGUUCCCCAUGCUUUAAUUUCAAGCUCCAAUGUAUUGUUAUUUAAGAAAAAUAUUGUUAGCAAUGCUUGUAACUUCACUGCUUUGUCCAAUAGAAGAAAGCAGGCGCAGGCAACUUUUUACUUUUCCCCAUCAUACAGUGGGAGUCCAAUGGCCAAGAAGAAAGCCCUUGGGUAGGGGUGUCUACCAGCAUGCAGUGAAAGCUCUAGCACAUGUUGUUUCAGCAGGAUUGCCUUUUUUUUUUCCUGACAUUGUCCUGUUGUGAAGGGAGGUGUAUUCUUGGCUGCCGCAAAUGCAAACUUAAAUUAACUUGCACUUUCACCUGUAACAGUCACAGGUCAAGGAUUGCCUGGAUUUUGUACUUUCAUUUUUUUCAAGGCAGUCCACUUUCUGUCUUAAAGAAGAUUCAUGCUUCUCUUCUUUAUUGAUCACUGUGUCUGUAGGAUGAGAGGAAUUUGCAAUAAAUAAAAUGCUCUGAAAUUCAUUCCAGAAGGCGGCUUUCUUCAGACUGUGUUUAAACAGGAUGCCUCUGCCAAGUGUCAGCACCUACGGGACUGCAGUUCUCAUCUGCUUCUCGGUGUUCUGGUAUUUCUGAAGAGAGGUGUGUGACUGUCAGCAGUACGUAUCUGGAUCAUGACUCACCUUGUUACACUACAGCUGGGCUUUGAUUUGUUUGACCCGCGUUGUGCUUUACUACAGUGAAGAAUAUUUUUCGCUUCAAGACACUUUGCAUUGAAGGAUCAUGGUAGACAGUUUAAUAGUUUCUUUGAGACUUCUCAGUUCACUAGCAGUGCUGGGAUUUCAGUUUGUCAUCCCACAGCCUUCAAUUGAACACAGAAAGGUUCCCCAGAGGAUAGAAGAGCAAAGAGAUGCAUCUGAAGAUAGCGGUGCGGGAAUCCCAGGCAUGUGGGGCAGCUGGGGCCCCUGGUCUGCCUGUUCCAGGAGCUGCAGCGGCGGUGUGAUGGAGCAAACGAGGCCGUGCCUCCCGGCGUACUACCGUGAAAGGGGCUACCAGAGGCCGGGGCGGCCAUAUGCGGCCUCGGAGAGAACUCUUGCUCACCAGAGCUCCCGCCAUCAGGACUCACUGUCUGCUUACCCAGGCCACGUCAUUUCUGCCAUCCGUACAUCUGUGCCGCUUCACAGGAAUGAAGAGCAGCUCCGGGCCGGCCUGCGGGCUUCUGCUGCUUCUGAAGGCCAUAACAACAGCCACAUGAGCCGAGGAGCUCCCAGAGGCAGCCGGCACUCUCAGUCCCAGAGGCAUCACCCCAAGGCAGAAAAGAGAAGCAGAAAUAGAAAUCCUAUUGGUCCGGGAAAAUAUGGAUAUGGAAAAGUGCCAUACAUUUUACCUUUACAAACUGAUACUGGUCAGCAGCCUCAGAAACUUCGAAGGCAGCGUCAGUCAUCAAGGAACAACGUAUUUCAUCAGAGUCCAAGUCUCAUAAAUACUUACAGCCAGCCAGCCAGCCCUUCGCUCCAACAUGGGAACCUUUAUCAAGAAGAAGGUGGGCCUCAGGCUGGUCACCAGGUCCUGGGACCUUCAGUUUAUCAGUCAUCUUCAUUUCCUGUAUCUCAGAACUUGUUUCAUAGCAGUGACUCAACUCUUCAUGGGUCUGCAUCACACCUGAUGGUCCAGGGUCAGCCCCAGCCUCAAAGGGCUGCAGCUAUUGUAUGUGUUGGCACCUACAAGCAAUAUAAACUCUGCAACACAAACACGUGUCCUGAAAGCAGUAGAAGUAUUAGAGAAGUGCAGUGUGCAUCAUACAAUAACAAGCCAUUUAUGGGACGAUUUUAUGAAUGGGAACCUUUUGCAGAAGUGAAGGGAAGUCAGAAGUGUGAGCUGAAUUGCCGUGCUAUAGGCUACCGAUUCUAUGUGAGACAAGCUGAAAAGGUGAUAGAUGGGACACCGUGCGACCAAAACGGAACUUCAAUCUGCGUGGCAGGGCAGUGCAAGAGCAUUGGCUGUGACGACUAUCUGGGUUCAGACAAGGUGAUUGACAAGUGUGGAAUAUGCGGAGGGGACAACACUGCUUGCAAGGUUGUUUCUGGAGUUUUCAAACACACACUAACAAAUCUCGGCUAUCACAAGAUAGUGGAAAUUCCUGAAGGAGCUACUAAAAUUAACAUUACUGAGAUGUCAAAGAGCAACAACUAUUUGGCCUUGCGGAGUCGAUCAGGGCGGUCCAUCAUCAAUGGAAACUGGGCAAUUGAUCGACCUGGAAGAUACGAAGGUGGUGGGACAAUGUUCACUUAUAAGCGCCCAAAUGAAAUAUCCAGCACUGCAGGAGAGUCCUUUUUAGCUGAUGGUCCAACAAACGAAGUCCUCGAUGUCUAUAUGAUACACCAGCAGCCUAACCCAGGUAUACAUUAUGAGUAUAUCAUUCCGGGAGACAAUGUCAUCAGUCCUCAGUUGCUUGCUCACAGGAGGCCAGGGGAGCCCUUGAAUGGUCAAUUAGAAAUGCCUGAAAGUACAAAUCACAAUGAGGAGGAUUUGCACAGGGAGACAGACACUAUCACUGGACAGUCAGUUGGAACUUUCCCAGUUAUUCAGCCAGGAAGAUUUCCUUCUCAUCAGCCAGAAAACCAGGUGCCUGCUGUGCAGCUAUCAAGACAAAACCGAGAAUACAACUGGAAACAGAUUGGAAAAACUGAGUGUACCACUACGUGUGGGAAAGGGUCCCAGUACCCAGUUUUCCACUGUGUCAACAGAGUCACACAUGAGGAAGUUCCUGAGAAUUACUGUGACAGCAGCACCAAACCUAUUCCAGAAGAGGAGGCCUGCAACAUUUUCCCAUGUCCAGCUUUUUGGGACAUAGGGGAGUGGUCUGAGUGCAGCAAAACAUGCGGCCUUGGCAUGCAGCAUCGACAGAUCUUAUGUAGGCAAAUAUAUGCCAACCGUACCUUGACAGUUCAGCAGUACCGCUGCCAUCACCUGGAGAAACCAGAGACCACCAGCACUUGCCAGCUGAAGAUCUGCAGUGAGUGGCAGAUUAGGACAGAGUGGACUUCAUGUUCAGUACCUUGUGGAGUGGGGCAGAGGACUCGAGAUGUGAAAUGUGUCAGCAACCUUGGAGACGUUGUUGAUGAUGAGGAGUGUAACAUGAAGCUGCGGCCAAAUGAUAUUGAGAACUGUGACAUGGGACCUUGUGCUAAGAGCUGGUUUCUUACAGAAUGGAGCGACAGGUGUUCUGCAGAAUGUGGUGAUGGGAUCCGCACACGUUCAGUGGUGUGUAUGACCAAUCAUGUCAGCAGUUUGCCUCUGGAAGGCUGUGGCAAUAACAGACCCUCUGAAACAACUCCCUGUAAUAAUGGGCCCUGUGCUGGUAAAGUGGAGUGGUUUGCUGGGAGCUGGUCACAGUGCUCUACUGAAUGUGGUGGUGGAACUCAACAGAGGGAAAUCAUUUGUGUCAGGAAAACUGAAGGCAAUUUUGAUGUUUUGAACCCCUAUGAAUGCUCAUAUUUGGAAAGACCUCCCAGCCAGCAAUCCUGCUACCUCAAACCCUGUGGAUCUAAAUGGUUUCAUACAGAAUGGAGCACAUGUUCCAAGUCCUGUGAAGGAGGAUUUAGAGUUCGAGAGGUACGAUGUCUAUCAGAUGACAUGACAACCAGUACUCACUGUGAUCCGCAGCUUAAACCUGAAGAAAAAGAGCCAUGUAACACACAGGACUGUAUCCCUGAAAUAGAUGAGAACUGCAAAGAUAAAUACUACAAUUGCAAUGUGGUGGUUCAGGCCCGGCUUUGUGUCUACACCUAUUACAAAACAGCCUGUUGUGCAUCCUGUACACGUGUGGCAAAUAGACAGUCUGGGUUUCUAGGACACAGAUAACAAAUACUCUUCUACUCGAAGCAGCAAUGUCAGUCUUCAGAUGAAGCUUGAACAGUGUUACUAUUUUGACUAGAGCAGGUUUUAGCUUCUGAAAGAGGUGGUUUUUAUACUGCUGUGUACGUCAAGACGCCACAUCCUUUCAAUUACAUUUAUUGUGCAGUUGUAUCUUUCUACAAAUGUUGUAAAACCGUGAUCUUUUUAAAGCAUUGAUUUGUAUUGAUAAUAUUCUUUGCACCUCCUCAUUGAAUAACUAUUUAAAGAACAUACCAGCCUUACUAUUAUAAAAUUAAUGUUUAAAAAAAAAAUCAGAGCUAGGCAAUUACUGCAGAUGUUUAACCAGUAUGGGUGUGACUGCUAUGUUAUUUUCUGAGUGCUCACUCUUACUUGGGUGUUUUGAACUGCCUUAAAGUAGUAGAUCAAAUCAAUGAAAUGUGCACAUGAGAAGAAUUAUUUUACCAAGAACCCACCCCUUGGAGACCCGUUCAUGUUCAGUUUUUUAACACUCAAAUGUAUAUUUUUAAUUUUUAAACUUCAGUCCAUUCAUAGUAGUAAUGGUUAUAUCUUUCACUUAUACUUUUAGCUAACUUCCUGUCCUCAGGCAGCAAAUAUAUACACGUUUGCCUGCCAAAAAGUGCCUUUAUAUUUAAUUCAUAAACCCUUAGAGUUAUACUUUCCUGAUUUUGUAUAUAUUUUAAAAUGUUACCUACCAGAGUGCCUCUAGCCCAUUAAGUCUUUACCAGCUGCAGCCAUCAGUGGGAUUUACCAGAAAGGCAAGGAGCCUUUGCUGGUGUUUAAAAAAAAUAUAUUUCCAUUGGCAAGGCCUCUUUCCCUGAGGGCAGUUUUUCAGUGAACUGAUACCUUGCCUAAUGUCUUGUCUCUGCACUACUGCUUAACUAGUACCGUGCAAAAAUACCAUGCUUGGAUGUUGUCUGCAUAUCAGAGCCUUCUGAAGCAACCACCAACAGAUGCACACUUCUGUGCUUUAUAGUAGUCUGCUGCUCUUGGUAUCAGUAGGCUCUGUAGGUGUGGUAGCUGAGUAUUUGUAAUAAGAUCUCAACUGUUGGUGUUUUUCAGGUUUUGAUCAGUUAUUACAACAUACUUGUCUUUUUUAGUCAAUGUUUCAUUCAUUAGGUCUGUUCAUACCACUCUCUUUAUACCACUCAAGAAUGGCUCCGCUUGCAUGCUGAGCAUCUGUUAGUAAAGUUUAGCUUGCGUUGAAGUUGGGAUAGGCAGUAAGACUACGAUUCAAUGAAUUUAUGUGAUGAUUUUUCAUUAUUCCUGUAAAGACUGUACUCAGCCUUGUGAUUUGGUAAAGGUAAGUAGAAUGUGCUGUGCAAUGCAGAUGAAAACUUUCACGUUAUCUGCACAUUCUCUAGCUUUUACCUCUGAGGUCAUUCAAAUGUGUAAAUAAGGCUGAGGGAAGAAAUUAACAUCUCUGCUCAUUCAACAGGUUACUGCUUUCAAAACAGUGAUAUCCAGCUGCACAUCUAUUUUAAGGUGCCUGCGGCCUGAAUGGAAGAACAGUUUUAAUAAUGUGACAGGCCUUUCCCAGUGAUGUGAUAGUACAGUGAUGAGGGGGUCCUGCUACUGAUUAAGAGGCGUAUUUGAACCUCAUUUAGGAUUUGUGUCAGAUCCCAUCCUAGAUCAUCCACCUGUAAAUAUGCAUCUGUUUUUAUUUUCUUCUUACCACUUGAGUAGAGAUGAUGUGGAAGAAUAGGCACUGAGACGCAAAGGUUACUGCUGUGCUACAAGUCACACCAGUUCAUGUGCUGGAAACUGAGCACAGGAAGGUAGAACUCCUCUAGUCUAAAAGCUGCAUUAGACUGAGACAAACCAUAGAUAUUUUGAUUCAGUCUUGUGAAGAAUGUAUUCCAGCCACAAUGAAGUAUUAAGAAGUGUUUCCCCUGAACUUUGAAGUUACUGUUUGUGAUUAUGAACCAUUAAGGUCAUUGGAUGUUUCUGUAUGGCCAUGUCUUUGGGUUUUCCACUAUAAUUAGUUGACAUAAAGCCUCUAGAAACAGAUGUGCUAAUUAGAAAACUUUUAAUAUGAUCUCACAAAGCUUUUGCAGUUCUGUUUCCUUGUAUUAUGAAAAUCUAUCCAUGAGGAUAACUGAAAGAUUUGUGAUCAUAUUAUAUUCAUUAGAUUCUUGACCAAAGACUGACAUGGAGAAAGUGCCGUAUAAUAGUUCUAGAAUCCAGUAUUUGUAAAUAUAGCUUUUCACCUCAUCGUUUCGUUGCAGCAGAUCUUGACAUGCAGUAUAUAAUUUUUGCCAUUAUCUCUUUUGUGUCAAGGAAGUGUAUCCUGUCAGCUUGAGGAAAAUCUUUGUUCCAUAAAAAGAAUUACUGAAAACCACAAUGAGAAUGAAAUAUGUAGGAAGAAAUCAGGUUUGCAAACGAUUCAUAGAAAAUAAUCUGCUUGCACAAACUCUUGGCUGUGAGAAGGCAAGUCACGAAGCAGGCAGGUGAUCCUGGCCUUUCAUAAAAUCUGUUGUUGUGCUCUGGAAUAUGUGACUGACCAUUGGGUUAUUUUACAAGGAUUAUCAUCAUGUAGGCAUCAUUAAGCUGCCACUAAAGUAAACAGCGAAUGGGAGCUAAAUAUCAAAAACAUAUCUGUAGUGAUAUAAUCCUGUAUUACUCCUAAGCUGUAGAGCUUUGUGAAUUGAAUGCAGUGAAUUAUGUUUAUACAAAUUAUACAUGAGUGGGCUGCUUUUUUUUUUUUUUUUUU